AUGAUCUCCGCGAAUGCCGCAGUUGGGAUGGCUGUGAACGACGAUUGUAAGCUCAGAUUCCAGGAACUGAAAUCAAAACGAAACUACCAUUACAUCACCUUCAAGAUCGAAGAUCAGGAGGUGGUGCUGGACAAGCUUGGCGACAGGUUCACAUCAUCUCUCCCUGCCAACGAGUGUCGCUACGCUGUCCAUGAUUUCGACUUCUCGACCGAUGAGAAAUGCCAGAAGAGCAAGAUCAUCUUCGUUGCGUGGGCACCAGAGACAUCCAAAGUGAGAAAUAAGAUGGUCUAUGCUAGCUCAAAGGACAGGUUUAAGAGGGAAUUGGAUGGAAUCCAAGUUGAGCUGCAAGCGACCGAUGCCAGUGAAAUGAGAGCCUAGACAUCUUAAAAUCACGUGCUGCCUCAUUGAUU